UACGAGAAAGUGCAAGCUCCUCUUUUCUAUUAUGACAAUUUUAGUGCUCAGUCCAGCGAAAAAAAUUAUAAAUCUUUCGUUCCAGAUGGUUACAAUGGCAAUGUUAAGGCGUUUUCACUUGAUACGUGUCAAAGCGAUCCGUGUGAUAUAAUCAAAAAUAGAACUAUAAGAUUCAAAAUGGAGUUUGUUACAAGUAAGUUCACCUUCCGAAUGCAUGUUUGUAAAGACACAAAACCAGCCUGUCCCAUCAAAGCUCAUGUCCCGCAUACAGUUGAUGUGGCGAUAAAACCGUUGGAGUAUGGGUGUGUUACGUAUAGACUCCGCAACAUUUCACCUGAGUUUUCAAGUGAGCAGAUGCUACUGAGGUACACAGAGAAUCAGCACAAUAACAGACUUGCAGAAACGGUCAGCUCAUGUAGUACGAUCCGAACAGUUUCACAAUUCUCAGACAAAAUAAUGACGUCAUACAGGGCUCAGAUCGGGGUAAGAGAAGACUCAUGCGAACCGAACUUCCAUUAA